UUAUUCCGUUCAAUUUCUUUAUCUCCUUGUUCUCUGCUACGCCUAAACAUUCUAUAUUUUCUUUCUAUUUUUCUUCCAUUCUUCCUCCUGGUCUUGUUUGUUUCGAUGGUCAGCCGCGUUGGAGGUUAAUCCGGGAAUUUAGAGCCGGUGGACAGCAGGCGUCUUCUAGGAUAGAUAUGGGAGACGGGCUGCGUGUGGCAGUGAUUGGACUAUGGUGGGAGACGGGAGGCGGAUUUUGGCCAGCUAUUGUUGAAGAUGUGGGCGACAGUCGGCGAAGUGGUGGGGAUGAACGGCACAAGACGGCAAUUUGGGAAGAUGUCCGUGACGGGUGACCGCCGCCGACUAUUGGAGUGUUGGUGAAGUUUGGGGUGACGGCCGGCAACUUACGGAGGUU